AUGUAUUGUGCACGACCACACUGGCAUUGUCAAUUUGUCGGCAACUCGGUGGUUUGGUUUCUACGAUACUGGUCUGCUUUCGGCCCUUGGAAUGGAAAACUGCUAGAUUUGAGACACACACACGCGCACACACCGGGCGGUGUUCAAUUUCAAAACUGGCUCCAUGUGCCUGGUCGGUGCUCAGGCACUGCCGGCUUUUGUCCUGCAGGCACGUCCCGAGUCUAA